UGCAAGACCUAGUGCAGAGUGAAAAUGUGGGCCCCUUGUUCAAAAAUCAGAGGAAACAUGCUGUUCAAGGUUACCUAACCAAACUCCUGCAAAACCACACUGCGUAUGCCUGUGACGGGGACCAUUUGAAUCUACAGUGCCCUCGGCAUUCUACGAUAAGUGUCCAAUCGGCAUUUUAUGGGCAAGAUUACCAAAUGUGUAAUUCCCGGCAGCCUGCCUCCCAGAGGGAAGACAGCUUAACCUGUGUGGCACCCACCAGCUUGCAGAAGGUGCUGGACGAAUGCCAGAACCAGCGGGCCUGCCACCUCCUGGUCAAUAGCCGUGUUUUUGGACCUGACCUUUGUCCAGGAAGCAGUAAAUACCUCCUGGUCUCCUUUAAAUGCCAACCUAAUGAAUUAAAAAACAAAACCGUGUGUGAGGACCAGGAGCUGAAACUGCACUGCCACGAAUCCAAGUUUCUCAACAUCUACUCUGCAACCUACGGCAGGAGGAUCCAGGAAAGGGACGUCUGCUCCUCAGAAGCACAGUGGCUGCCCCCGUUUGACUGCUUGUCUUACUCAGCCUUACAAGUAUUAUCCAGAAGGUGCUAUGGGAAGCAGAGGUGCAAAAUCAUUGUCAACAAUCACCAUUUUGGAAGCCCCUGUCUGCCGGGAGUGAAAAAAUACCUCACUGUUACCUACGCAUGUGUACCCAAGAACAUACUCACAGCGAUUGAUCCAGCUAUUGCUAAUCUAAACCCUUCUUUGAAGCAGAAAGAUGGUGACUAUGGUAUAAACUUCGACCCAAGCGAAUCGAGGGUUUUGAGGAAAGAUGGAGUUAUUGUUAGCAACUCUCUAGCUGCAUUUGCUUACAUAAGAGCCCACCCUGAGAGAGCGGCCCUGCUGUUCAUGUCCAGCGUCUGCAUUGGCCUGGCCCUCACAUUGUGUGCCUUAGUUAUCAAAGUGUCCUGCACCAAGGACUUCCGGGAGCUGCAGCUGGCAAGGGAGCACCUGGUGGCAGGAAGUGACAAGGUUGAGGAGGACAGCAAGGAUGAAGAGGAGGAAGAGGGCUCCUCUGACUCUGAUUUUCCAGGGGAAGUGUCAGGGUUUUGUAGGACUUCAUAUCCUGUCUACAGUUCCAUAGAGGCUGCAGAGCUGGCAGAAAGGAUUGAGCGCAGGGAGCAAAUUAUUCAGGAAAUAUGGAUGAACAGUGGUUUGGACACCUCACUCCAGAGAAACAUGGGCCAGUUUUACUGAAAACCAGAUGCCUCUUGAUACAAUCACACUUUCUGAAGAGGGAAGGAUCUAAAUGCCUCUCAAGUUCUUUCUCUUGUACCUUCUAUGAAGGAGAAUUUGUCAUGUCAUCCAACACUGGUGAAGCCAGAGAGCUAUUAAAGGGAUGUUUCAAACUGUUUACAGCACAUUCCAAAAUAAAUUGGGAGGGGAGAAGUC